AGAUGGGGGCUGUCCCCCUGGGGGGUGGUCCUAGGAAUGGGGGAGGGGGCACGUCCUAGGGGUGCAGAGGGUCGAGUGUUCCAGGGGUCGGGGGACGGUGCUGAGCUCCAGCCAUGAUCUGACUGCGGUUGUCCUCUCGCUCACUGGCCUGUGUCCCGGGCUAGCCGUUUGCCUGUUCCCUGUCGUGGUGUUGUACCCAGGCUGUGUGUACCGGUGGGGUGGGGAGGACCUAGUGUGUGUGACCUAUCAUAUCUCCAGUUACAGGCAGAGCUGGGCUGCCGGUGACAACACACUGUCAGCAUGAAGACCAGGAGCCCUCUGGUAGAUGCUCGCCUGAAGCACCGGGUGAAACAGUACCUCAGUAACAGCAACAGUCGGUAUGUGGACAUUGGGGUUCUGGCCGCUGACCUCCAACGACAGUACAGCAUGGACUACGGGCGCAGGAAGAGGAACGUCUUCCGGAUCCAGGUGGAGAAGGUGUACCAGUUGAUCAGCAGCAAGGCCUUGGAUUAUGAAGAGGAGCAUCUCGCCAAACGUGCCCGUCAGAGCCACGAUGACCAUGGUUCAGAGGUGAUCAUCGAUUCAUCUGACAGUGAGGAUUACCCAGAGUAUCCGACGACCAACCACAUGAACUCGUCGCUGCUGAGCCUUUACCGGGGGACAGAUGGGGAUCCCAGCCCUGCUCCGAGGAAGGUGCCCGAGGGCAGCAGCACGCCGGGACAGGCAGCUCGGCGGGCAGAAGGGUUGGAAAGGACCCCGGGUGGGACGGAGGUGUCCCCGGGGGGCUGGUUCAUUGACCGAGCGCCGGGGACAGUUCCCACCGACGAGGAGACUCCACACGGCUCCCAGGGAGCAGGACGCUCUGGGCCGGAGCGGCCGAAGAGGAGCGGCCGGAGGAGAGGACGACGCCGGGAACAGGAGCCCCCACGGGGUGCGGAUGGGACGGGAGAGACCGCCGUCCCGGACAGGACAGGCGGGAAGCGUGGGUUCCAUGUGCAGCAGUCCCCCCUGACGUUCGAGGACGUUGGCGGCAGCAGCGAGACCCUGAAGGAGGUGUGCCGACUGCUGGUCCACCUGCGACACCCGGAGGUGUACGAGCGGCUGGGGGUGCAGCCCCCCCGCGGCUUCCUGCUGCACGGACCCCCCGGCUGUGGGAAGUCUCUGCUGGCCCAGGCCAUUGCUGGGGAGCUGGAUCUGCCACUGCUGCGGGUGGCGGCCACGGAGAUGGUGUCCGGUGUGUCCGGGGAGUCCGAGCAUCAGCUGCGCCAGCUGUUCGAGGAGGCUGUGCUCCAGGCUCCGUGCAUUGUUUUCAUCGAUGAGAUCGACGCCAUCUCACCCAAGCGCGAGGUCGCCUCCAAGGACAUGGAGCGGCGCAUCGUGGCUCAGCUGCUCGCCUGUAUGGACGAUUUGAACGCGCUGGACGCCUCCACGCAGGUUCUGGUCGUCGGGGCAACUAACAGGCCCGACGCGUUGGACCCAGCGCUCCGAAGGGCCGGGCGGUUCGACCGGGAAAUCUGCCUGGGCAUUCCCAGUGAAGGAGCUCGGGAACAGAUUUUGCGGACUCUGUGCCGGAAGCUGAGACUGCCGGAGCCGUUCGAUUUCCGGGAGCUGGCCCGCCUGACGCCAGGCUACGUGGGCGCUGACCUAAUGGCUCUGUGCCGCGAGGCAGCCAUGAACGCCGUCAACCGCAUCCUGAACCGGCGGCAGGAAGUCGUGUCCCAGGGACCUGACGCCGGAGAUCCCAGCUCAGGACAGCGGCAGGAGUCUGAGCUGGUUGAGCUGCAGCGACUGCGGGCGGUGCUGAGGGACCCAGCGCCGCUGCCGCUGCAGGAGCUGCAGGAUCUACAGAUGGAGAUGACGGACUUCACCAGCUCCCUCUCCGCCGUCCAGCCCUCUGCCAAGCGGGAGGGGUUCGCCACGGUGCCGGAUGUGAGCUGGGCCGACAUCGGAGCACUGCAGGAGAUUCGCGAGGAGCUGACCAUGGCCAUCCUGGCCCCUCUCCGACAUCCGGAACAGUUCCAGGUCCUCGGUUUGUCCAACCCGGCUGGCGUGCUGCUGGCUGGGCCUCCGGGCUGCGGGAAGACGCUCUUGGCCAAGGCCGUGGCCAACGAGUCGGGAUUGAACUUCAUCUCGGUGAAAGGGCCCGAGCUGCUGAACAUGUACGUGGGGGAGAGCGAGCGAGCUGUGCGCCAGGUAUUCCAGCGAGCCCGGAACUCCGCUCCCUGUGUCAUCUUCUUUGAUGAGCUCGACGCCCUGUGUCCGCGGAGGUCAGAGCACGAGUCAGGAGCCAGCGUGCGGGUGGUGAACCAGCUACUGACGGAGAUGGACGGGCUGCAGGCACGGAGACAGGUCUUCAUCAUGGCCGCCACCAAUCGCCCAGAUAUCAUUGACCCGGCCGUACUGCGCCCCGGACGGUUGGACAAGACGCUGUACGUGGGGCUGCCCCCGGCCCCUGACAGACUCGCCAUCCUCCAGACUCUGACCAAGGGUGGGACUCGGCCUCCCCUGGACCCGGACGUUGACCUCAGUGCCAUCGCCGGCGACCCGCGGUGUGACUGCUUCACCGGUGCCGACCUGUCCGCGUUGCUGCGUGAAGCCUCCAUCAACGCGCUGAGGCAGCAGCUCUCAGAACCGGAGCCAGCCUCCCGCCUGAGCCUGCGAGUGACACGGCAACAUUUCGAAGCAGCUUUGGAGAAAGUCAAACCCUCCGUCUCCAGAAAGGAUCAGUUGAUGUACGAGCAGCUGCGACGGACCCUCAGUCAGUGAGAGGUGUUGGCGGCGGCCGGUGUUUGUGGGGCUCCUGGACAGAAAGCAGCUGGUACAUCCUUGGACCCGGUGUGAGAUGUUCCCCACAGUAACGCUGCCAUGAAAAAUAGACCUGACUCCCCUCCCCCCACUGACUAAUGACCCCAGGGUUGGUGGCUUGGAUGGAAGUGGGAGUGGGUGUUUGUAAUGAAAGGGGCAGUUGGAUUUAAAUUCAGCUGGAGAGGAAGUUUGUGCAGAUGAAGUAAAGGGUAUUCUGCCCAACCUUUUUUUUUUGGGUGGCGGGGGUGGGGUUAGCUGUAAUGGGGAGGCCAGCCACCCUGCUCAUGCUUCAGGACAACACAUUGUCGAAUGCUGCAGUCAGACCUUUCCAGGUUCACUCACUCCUGCAGUGGGGAAGCUGCGGUACUGAACAAAGUCCUUCUGCAGAGCAGGCCCAGCUUGAGAAAUGGAGUAAUAAUGUUUGAACGUGUGCUGGCAGCGUCUGACCUUGGUCAGCCCUUGCUCUUCACAACAAACUAAUGCAGAGAUCUGCUCUCAGCAGAACUGGGACCUGGGUCCUUGAUUAUUUUGUAUUGCAGCAGCUGGUCAGGCUUUGGCAUCACUGCACUGUGCUGUAGGCACUGAAUUAGCUCAUGUAAUGACUCAGUCCUCAGCUGCUGAUAAGUGCUGUUUCACUUUGUCUGGUUGAAGGAUGUUUUUAAAUUAUAUAUCAUAAGACUUGAGUAGCAUCAUACAGCAAUAAUGUUUGAAACUGAGCCGACAGGCCUGCUGAGGCCCAGCAGUAGUCCAGGGUGCUGAGCUGCCAGGCUACACUGAGGCCACUUUCAUCCUCUUGCCAAGCUCAUUUUCCUGGGGUGGAGGAGCUGGUUUGCAAUGGUACAAAGUGUAGUGAAGUUCCAUUAAUCAAUGCUGGGAGCUGGAGUGAUCACAUCCCCUCAGCCAGCAUGGACUCUUGCAGAGUUCAAUUACAGCUGCUAGGUUAAAGUUUCACUGGAGACAAAGACUGCAGCUGCUGGGCCCUGCAGAACAAACAGGCUGCUGGAGGAACUCAGCAGGUUAAGCAGCAUCUGGGGAGAGGAAGAGGAAGAGUCACCAUCAGUGCCAUGCUGCAGGCAGCAAGUUAUCUCAUCCAGUGACUCAGUCCUGGCUGUUGAUAAAAGUUCCAUUGUAUUUGGUUCAGUGUUGUUAGCUGUGCUCCUUUGAAUGCACCAGAUGUUUUUACUGCAAUUGGAAUAACCUUGCCUACAAAUGGAAACUUGUUUGAAUCUUUACAACCUUUGUACAAACUUCAUUACUUUCUGUACCCUUAAAGGCCACAACACCAUUCUCCCACAAUCUCUACCCACUAUUGGUGAUUGCCUGUUAGCUAGGGGUCAACUCGUUUUGCCCUUUGUUGAGUUUUAGCAAGUCUGACAUGAGAUAGGGUUGGACUGUGCCUGGCACUUUAACUGGAGGGGAUUUCCAAUAAAUUUGAGAUUGACUAAAAAUCUGAGGGACUGAGUAUGACCCAGGAGUUGCACUUGCCACAUGUUGUGGUGACGUCACAGGGCAGCUGCAGUCCAAGUAGUGGGUUUAAAAAACGCUCCUGUUUGAUCAUGUUAGGAUGCAGAUUCCAUCAAAAUCGAGCUCCUGCUUCCCUUCCUCAGUUGCCAAAGUUACAGCUGUAAUGGACAAGCCCCUCCCAUGGGUAAUUAAGCCCAUUACACAGGCAGCCAAAAAGCAGUGCAGCAACGAGUCUGAUGCAGAGUCUCGACAAAACAUUGAUCAUCGCUUUGCCUCCACAGAUGCUUGACCAGCUGCUGUUCCUUCAGCAGCUUUUGCUCCAGAUUCU